AUGUCGAGCCCUUUCAACUUCGAUCUGAUCAUCAAGAACGGUGUGGUGGUUACUGCGGCGGAUGAGACCGAGUGCGAUAUCGGUGUCAAGGAUGGAGCUGUCGUCUGUCUUGCUAGAAAUCUGCCUAUACCAGAGGGAUGUAAGGUCAUAGAUGCAGAGGGAGGUUACAUCACUCCUGGAGGAGUCGACUCGCACGUCCACAUCGGCCAAUCCGCCUCGAAUGCUCGGUCCGCCGAUGACUGGACGACCGGUACCCGCGGUGCCCUUGGCGGCGGAACCACCACCGUCGUAGCCUUUGCGGUACAGGCCAAGGGGAAGAAGGUCAUGCCUGCCGUUGAGGCGUACUAUGAGCUGGCGGAUGGAAAGGCGAUGUGCGACUACUCGUUCCAUGCUAUCAUUACCGACCCAACGGAGGAGGUGGUGAGGGAUGAAGUGCCCAAGUUGGUGGACUUCGGAAUCACCAGUGUCAAGGUGUACAUGACGUACCCUCUCAUGAAGCUCGACGACAAGCAGAUGCUCGAUAUUCUCGCUGCUGCUCGUCAGCAGGGUAUCACCACCAUGGUCCACGCCGAGAACUCCGAGAUUAUCAACUGGAUGACGGAUCGUCUCCUCAAGCAGGGAAUGACCGAAGUAUGGCAUCACGGUACCUCCCGCCCUCAGCUUGUCGAGGACGAAGCGACCAACCGCGCGCUCGCACUCGCCGAGGUCGUCGAUGCGCCCAUGCUCCUCGUGCACGUCAGCGCCAAGGAGGCGACGCGGGCAAUCCGCAAGUCCCAGACGAGGGGGAUGCCGAUCUACGGCGAGACAUGUCCGCACUACGCUCUCUUGACCGCCGAGAAGAUGGAAGCGCCGGGCUUUGAGGGGGCCAAGUGCGUGUGUGCUCCACCGAUCCGGUCUGACCCGCUCGAUAAUGAGGGGAUCUGGGAGGGGCUCUCGAACGGGACGUUUACGGUGUUCUCGUCAGACCACGCGCCGUACAACUACCACGAUGAAAAGGGGAAACAGGCGAGUCUCUACCGUCAACCUAAUGUCCCGGCUGAUCGCCAGUUCAAAAACACCCCGAACGGCCUGCCUGGUAUCUGUACCCGUACGCCUCUGCUCUGGUCCUACGGUGUCCUCAAAGGUCGGAUCUCUCGUCAGCGCUUUGUCGAGCUCAACUCGUCAAACGCUGCCAAGCUAUACGGCAUGUACCCAAAGAAGGGAACCAUCCAACCCGGCUCCGACGCCGACUUUACAAUCUUCCGCUCCGACGCCGCCCGCAAGCCCUCCAUCAUCACCCAAGACCGCCUGCACCACGGCGCCGACUACACGCCGUACGAAGGCAUGGAGGUGCUGGACUGGCCGAGGCUGGUGAUCUUGAGGGGGCAGGUGGUGUAUGAUGACGAGACAAAUACGGUGUUGGCGGAGGCUGGGACGGGGCAGUGGAUUAAGAGGGGGCUGAGCACCUUGCCCGGUCCGAGGGGAACGUCCAAGGCGUGGAUGAAUGGGUUUGAUCCGCAUAAGAUCUAG